AUGUGGUUCCUUUCAGGAUAUGGUACACUCUCCUCGGGUGGUAGUUUGGCCAAAGUGUUAAUGCAGGUAGAUGUCCCGAUUGUCAGUCAAAGUGGAUGUAAAAGAGCUUAUGGAUCGUCAAUCCACGACUCCAUGGUCUGUGCUGGACUCGAUCGUGGAGGCAAGGACUCGUGCCAAGGAGAUUCCGGUGGGCCACUGGUUUAUGAAGAUGGUGGAAAGUUCUACUUAGAGGGUGUGGUUUCAUGGGGAAGUGGUUGCGCCUCCCCAGGGAAGUAUGGUGUCUACGCCAGGGUCCGUUACUUACGGCAAUGGAUUGACAAGCGGAUGAAUGCCUAUUAG